UUACAGGAGCGCGGCGUGCACGGAGCGGGCGGAGGUGGCCUGCACGCCAUCCGUAUCCCGGUCCGCCGCCCUCGCCAGCCUGACCUGCUCCCGCGCAGACUGCAAGACUCCACAAGUGACUUGCUGAGCAAACCCUACCAAGAAGAGACCUGCGUAGGGAGGCAGGCGGCCAAGUACAGAAAAAAGCAAAAGAACAGGCAUGCUCUUUUGCAAUAGAGAGCUGAUAGCACCAUUGCACCAUGUGUGGUAUUUGGGCCCUUUUUGGCAGUGAUGACUGCCUUUCCGUUCAGUGUCUGAGUGCUAUGAAGAUUGCACACAGGGGUCCAGAUGCCUUUCGUUUUGAGAAUGUCAACGGAUACACCAACUGCUGCUUUGGAUUUCACCGGUUAGCGGUGGUUGACCAGCUGUUUGGAAUGCAGCCAAUUCGACUAAAGAAAUAUCCUUAUUUGUGGCUCUGUUACAAUGGUGAAAUCUAUAACCACAAGAAGAUGCAACAACAUUUUGAAUUUGAAUACCAGACCAAAGUGGAUGGUGAGAUAAUCCUUCAUCUUUAUGACAAAGGAGGAAUUGAGCAAACAAUUUGUAUGUUGGAUGGUGUGUUCGCAUUUAUUUUACUGGAUACUGCCAAUAAGAAAGUGUUCCUGGGCAGAGACACCUAUGGAGUCAGACCUUUGUUUAAAGCCAUGACAGAAGAUGGAUUUUUGGCUGUGUGCUCAGAAGCUAAAGGUCUCGUUACAUUAAAGCACUCCACAACUCCCUUUUUAAAAGUGGAGCCUUUUCUUCCGGGACACUAUGAAGUUUUGGAUUUAAAGCCAAAUGGCAAAGUUGCAUCCGUGGAAAUGGUCAAGUAUCAUCACUGUAGGGACGAACCUCUGCAUGCCCUUUAUGACAACGUGGAGAAGCUCUUCCCAGGUUUUGAGAUAGAAACUGUGAAGAACAACCUUCGGAUCCUUUUCAACAAUGCUGUUAAGAAGCGUUUAAUGACAGACAGAAGGAUUGCUUGCCUUUUAUCAGGGGGCUUGGACUCCAGCUUGGUUGCUGCCACGCUGUUGAAGCAGCUAAAAGAGGCCCAAGUACAGUACACUCUCCAGACAUUUGCAAUUGGCAUGGAAGACAGCCCUGAUUUACUGGCUGCUAGAAAGGUGGCAAAUCAUAUUGGAAGUGAACAUCAUGAAGUCCUCUUUAACUCUGAGGAGGGCAUUCAGGCCCUGGAUGAAGUCAUAUUUUCCUUGGAAACUUACGACAUUACAACAGUUCGUGCUUCAGUAGGUAUGUAUUUAAUUUCCAAGUAUAUUCGGAAGAACACAGAUAGUGUGGUUAUCUUCUCUGGAGAGGGAUCAGAUGAACUUACACAGGGUUACAUAUAUUUCCACAAGGCUCCUUCUCCUGAAAAAGCCGAGGAGGAGAGCGAGAGGCUUCUGAAGGAACUCUAUUUGUUUGAUGUUCUCCGUGCAGAUCGAACUACUGCUGCCCACGGCCUUGAACUGAGAGUCCCGUUUCUGGAUCAUCGCUUUUCUUCCUAUUACUUGUCUCUGCCACCAGAAAUGAGAAUUCCAAAGAAUGGGAUAGAAAAACAUCUCCUGAGAGAGGCAUUUGAGGACUCCAAUCUGAUACCCAAAGAGAUUCUCUGGCGACCAAAAGAAGCCUUCAGUGAUGGGAUAACCUCAGUUAAGAAUUCCUGGUUUAAGAUUUUACAGGAAUAUGUUGAACAUCAGGUUGAUGAUACCAUGAUGGCAAAUGCAGCCCAGAAAUUUCCCUUCAACACUCCAAAAACCAAAGAAGGCUAUUACUACCGUCAAAUUUUUGAACGUCACUACCCAGGCCGUGCUGACUGGCUGACCCAUUACUGGAUGCCCAAGUGGAUCAAUGCCACGGACCCUUCUGCCCGCACGCUAACCCACUACAAGUCAGCUGCCAAGGCUUAGAUGCUCUCUAAGCUGUCGAAAGCAAAUGUUUCUUCUUGUUGUGAAGGGUAGGGGACGGGGUGGAUAGUGGACCAAUGAGAGCCACCCAGGCUUAUCUAGGUGUGAAAAAAAUAAAUCUCUAAGAUCUAAAA